AUGGCCGGUCGAGGACGGAGAGCCUGGUUCAGCGUCCUGCUCGGGCUGGUGGUGGGUUUCACAUUGGCCUCCAGACUCAUCUUACCCCGGGCCACGGAGCUAAAGAAGGGGGGACACAAACGCCGAGCUGCGACCGCUGGGUGUGCACUCAACCGGGGCUCCAGAGAGGGCUACGGAGGCAUGCUGUGGCCCACCGAGGAGAACAGCUCGGCGGCCACAGAGAAACCCCUGACCCGCUCCAGCAGCUUCCUGUUCGUGGGGGUGAUGACCGCGCAGAAGUACCUCAACACCCGGGCAGUGGCAGCGCAUAGGACAUGGGCUCAGACCGUGCCGGGCCGCGUAGAGUUCUUCUCCAGCGAGGGCUCGGACACCUCCAUCCCCAUCCCCAUCGUGGCCCUGAAGAGCGUGGAUGACUCGUACCCACCGCAGAAGAAGUCCUUCAUGAUGCUCAAGUACAUGCACGACCACUACCUGGACCAGUACGAGUGGUUCAUGCGCGCCGACGACGACGUCUACAUCAAGAGCGAGCGCCUGGAGAGCUUCCUGCGCAGCCUCAACAGCAGCGAGGCCAUCUUCUUGGGCCAGACGGGGAUGGGCGCCCGCGACGAGCUGGGGAAACUGGCCCUGGAGCCCGGGGAGAACUUCUGCAUGGGGGGCCCUGGGGUGAUCAUGAGCAGAGAGGUGCUGCGCAGGAUGGUGCCCCACAUCCGCGAGUGUCUGCAGGAAAUGUACACCACGCACGAGGACGUGGAGGUCGGGAGGUGCGUGCGCCGCUUCGCAGGGGUGCAGUGCGUCUGGUCCUAUGAGAUGCAGCAGCUGUUCUACGAGAACUACGAGCCCAACAAGAAGGGCUACAUCCGGGACCUCCACAACAGCAAGAUCCACCGCGCCAUCACGCUGCACCCCAACAAGAACCCUCCGUACCAGUACCGACUGCACAGCUACAUGCUCAGCCGCAAGAUCGCCGCGCUCCGCCACCGCACUGUCCAACUGCACCGCGAGAUCGUGCAAAUGGGACGUUACGGAGCCGGGGAGGCGGGCCGCGAGGACCUGCAGCUGGGAAUGCCCCCCUCCUUCAUGCGCUUCCAUCCAAAGCAGCGCGACGAGGUCCUGGAGUGGGACUUUCUGACCGGGAAGUACCUGUUCUCCGCCUCCAACGGGCUGCCCCCUCGCCGUGGCAUGGACUCGGCGCAGAGACAGGCCCUGGACGACAUCAUCAUGCAGGUGAUGGAGAUGAUCAACGCCAACGCUAAAGCCAGGGGCCGUGUGAUUGACUUCAAGGAGAUCCAGUACGGCUACAGGAGAGUCAGCCCUCUGUACGGAGCAGAGUACGUGCUGGACCUUCUACUGCUCUACAAAAAGCACAAGGGCAAGACCAUGACGGUACCUGUGAGGAGACACGCCUACCUCCAGCAGACCUUCAGCCAGAUCCAGUUCAGAGAAGACGAGGAGAUGGACGCACACGCGCUCUCCAGCCACAUCAACCAGGAGUCCGACUCUCUGUCCUUCUUGUCCAACUCUCUGAAGAUGCUGGUUCCCUUCAAACUGACGAGCUCAAGCCACGACCAGCGGGAGCCCAAGGACCAGAGGGUGAACAUCCUGGUGCCGCUGUCCGGGCGCUACGACAUCUUUGUGCGCUUCAUGGCCAACUUUGAGCGCGUGUGUCUCAUCCCCAAGCAGAACGUGAAGCUGCUGGUGCUGCUCUUUAACACUGACAACCCCGAGCGCGUGAAGCAGGUGGAGCUGAUGAGGGAGUACCACAUGAAGUACCCGCGUGCGGACAUGGAGGUGCGGCCGGUGGAGGGGCCCUUCUCCCGGGCGCUGGCUCUGGAGGUGGGCUCCUCGCACUUCUCCAACGACUCCCUACUGUUCUACUGCGACGUGGACCUGCUUUUCAACAGUGACUUCCUGAAGCGUUGCCGUGACAACACUGCUUUGGGGGAGCAGACUUACUUCCCCAUCAUCUUCAGCCAGUACGACCCUAAAGUGGUCUACAUCGGAAAGGUGCCCAGCAACAACCACUACGUGUUCACGUCAAAGACUGGUCUGUGGAGGACCUACGGCUUCGGCAUCGUGUGCGUGUACAAGGGCGACCUUGUGUCGGCGGGCGGCUUCGACACCUCCAUCCAGGGCUGGGGCCUGGAGGACGUGGACCUCUUCAAUAAGUUCAUCCAGUCGGGCGUGCGGCUGUUCCGAAGCACGGACACGGGAAUCGUACACGUGCACCAUCCUGUGGUGUGCGACCCCAACCUGGAGCAGAAGCAGUACAAGAUGUGUCUGGGCUCCCGCGCCUCCUCCCACGGCUCCACGCAGCAGCUGGCCGAGCUGUGGCUGGAGAAGAACCAGGGAACAUACAGCAACUCCUCCAGCAGAACACAGGAGCAGAGACUGUGA